AUGUCAAGCAAGCGUAACUAUCGCAAAAAAAGCAAACCCGAAAAUAAACAAGAAAAUGAAAAUACAAACACAUCUCAUAUAGUGGAAAAUGACGAUGCCCCAGAUGAAGUGAGCGAAACAAUCGAAGAACUUAUCGAACUUCGCAAAUUUCGUCGAAGACACCAGGGCAUAGAUGCGGAAAAGUUAUUAAAGGGUGAAGCUAGAACUAAAAAAAAAAAGAAGGAUGAAGAUCCAUGGAAAUUGACUACUGGUGGAAUCGUUGACUUAGAAGCUGUAAGAGAGGCCGAGAAAGAGGAAGAAGAAGAUGAUGAUUUUGCAGAAAGAAAAAUUAUGCUUGAUUCAUUCACAAAGCAAACAAAUGCUUUAGAUGUUGAUAAACACAUGAUGGCAUAUAUAGAAGACGAAAUGCGUAAACGGAGGGGACAAAUUUCUGAUUCGAAGAAUGACGUAGAGGAUUCUGAACAAAUAGACCCUUUAAAUCCCCAAGAUGAGCUAUUUCAAGCUCCCGAUCAUCUACGAAUCGAAAGCAAACCGAUAUCGGAAGGAAACGUUCAAUUAUCAACCACUAUGCUUACUGCUAUACCUGAAGUCGAUCUCGGAAUAGAUGUGCGAUUGAAGAACAUCGAAGAAACUGAAAAGGCAAAGCGCAAGUUAUUGGAGCAGAGACACCAAAAACCUAAAGAGGAAGAUGAUACUGGAUCAAAUUUCUCUGCAACUAAUAGAUUUUACCGCACUCGCUCGACGGUCAGUGAUCAUGAACGAAAUCAGCAAGAAACGUUAAAUCAACAAUCUCAUUAUAAACCCGGGCAGCGCAGAGAAAUGGCCACGGAUGAUAUAGUGGCUGAAAGAUUUAAAAAACGUUUACGCAGAUAA